CCAGGGACAAAGAUUUGGGUCUCACACAGAGGGGUCAGCCACCAUGAGUCAGCCUUUUUGCAAUGUGAAGCACUGCUAAAAGCACAUCACUGUCAGAAGUGUGAUCCUGUAACUAACAGUAUUUUUGUUUUUCUUUCCUUUUAGUUUGAGCCAUCACAGUGUCAGCAUCAGAAGAAAAUGCAAACCUUUGUCUCGAUAGCCCAGAAAGCAUGGGGAAUUUUUGUAUCCGAAAGGAAACCUGGCUGGAAGUACCUGAUGCAGCUUUUUGCAGUUUGCUCUGCAGUUGGCUUUGUCUCAAGCUUUCUAUUAUUCCUUGGCAUGCACUUUUCCCUGGCACACAGUGCUUUGUGUCCCUUACUGGUAACUGGAUUCAUCUGGAUUUUGCUUUCUAUCAUGCUCUCAUGUUUCAAGCAGCUGCGCUGCUUUAGUGUCCUGUUCCUUCUUUCUUGCGGACUGCGAAAUGGCAGGAAUGCACUUAUUGCGGCUGGCACAGGUGUCAUGGUGGCUGGCAACAUCCAAAAUAUAUUUCACAACCUAAAGGUUCUGGCAGACAGUAUAACCUGUCAUUUAGAGUAUGAACAAUUUGCCUUGAUAAAAUAUUAUGUUGAGGCAGUAAAAUGGAUUUAUGAGAUGACCAAGCUUUCCUCUGAUCUAUCUAAACAUAUAGUGUUUCUAAGGCAUGAAUUCUCACCAUCUUAUUCGAUUUCAGAUGAUGCAUUAAAACAAGAGCUAAAUGACACAAAGCAAGAAAUCCAGAGAGUUGCUAACCAGAUAUCUUUUAUGCUGACUAUACUGCCCUAUAUAGGCCAGAAAGUACUGCCUGUAGUGGGGAUUUUUCUAGCUUCUUUUGGAACCUGCCUCUUUAUCAAAAAAUUUGUGGGUUCUCACAGCACCAAAUAUAAGAAUACUUACAUCACAAAAGAGUUUAUUGUAUUUGAUGAGCGCCAAAAGCAACAGCAAAGAGCCUGUCUUCUGCCACUUAACAAAAAAGAAAGAAAAGAUUAUGUAAUAAUCCCAUCUUUCUGCCUCACAAGGAAGGACAGAAAAAACAUGCAGUACUUCUUCUUUCCUGUAAUUAUUCAUCUUUGCAUCUGGCUUCUGUUUGCUGCGGUAGAUUAUCUGUUUUAUUGGUUAAUUGUUUCUGUGAGUAAACACCUCCAAGAAAUACCAGAUAUAGAGAUUCAGCUCAGCCUCUUUCAGCAAAGGAAUGAGAACAGCUUUAUCUUUGAUAUGAGGGAGCAUAUUGCAAAGACUGAUCCUUUCAAGAUCUCUUUGUUUAAGCAUGACUGCCUCCCUCAGCCAGAGCUUGCACUCUCCACAACAUGGAUCCAGCUUGGAGUCAUCAUCUUCUUCUUAAUAAUUUUUGGGUUAUUUUCUGGCCUCCUGAACCAACUUAAAAUACUCGUGUUGACUUCAUUUUAUCCUGACACAGAGAUGAAACGGAUACAUUACUUGCAUGCAAAAUUACUGAAGAAAAGAGCAAAGCUACAAGAGAAAACCGGAAAGAACACAUUUGCUAAAAUGGUCAACUUUUGGUUUCCAAUACUGAAGGCAAGAGAGUAAGGAAGAAAGAAAGGAGUAUGUUAAAUGACAGUAGGGUAUGGAACAGACAAGUGAAUCUUUGGCUAAGGCAGAGAUGUUCUAGCUCCACAGGAACCUGUGUUUCGCACACAUAAUGGCACAGCUUGUUUGUCAUCUUCAUGUUUGCCAGACACUGAAGAUAGAAGAUGCAUCAGAGGUUGCCCAUUGGCCUCUGGGCUGGCCAAGAACCUAACUAGAGGGCUUAGAAUUUUCUAGACUUUCUGUUUAUCAACCCUCAACUGCCCCAAACCCUUCAGCCUGGUUCUUUAUCAUCUCUAGCUCCAUAUACCUGCUCCUGACUCUGUAGCAGUCUUCUGCAGGGUGAAUGCUUUAUUUGCUCUGUCAAUCUUCCAGCUCAGCUGAACUCUCCCUCGCACUUUGGCUUCCUUACUUUUGGUUAUGCAUCUCUCAGAAGUUUAUAAUCCUAGUCUCCCACAUGGAAUUCCUCACUUGGUUUUAAUCUCCUCCUUUCACGUAUCCAUAGACUAGUUGCAGUUGCAAUUGCUCGUGCAAAUUGUCCUGUAUCUUAGAUGGUUGCAGGAGAGGCAAUGAAGCAUGUACAGAAGUGAGAGUGCUCACAAGAGCUAGAAUACAUAGGAAUCAG